AGGAUUAUCAACAAAUAAGGUCGGCGCACUACAUACCUUAUUUUGUUUCAAAGACACAAAAUGUUCAAUAUAAUCAAGAUAUUCCAAGAAUGUUGGAUAUUGCUGUACAAAGAAAAACACUGCAGUUGUUUGGAUUGAAUAAGAAAUAUGAAUGUCAAUCAGGAGAAUAGGACAGGUUUCACUUCAGUUCACUUUAUCACAAAUGACCUGAUAAUAAUUUCCUCGACUGUUGUUGGAUUAACUAUCAUCGCAUGCUUAGUAGCUUUCAUUUAUUGGUUCAGAAGGAUCAGAGGAAAAGUCCGUUAUGCGGAAAAUUCGAAAUACUGUUUGAAACACAUCUUACGGACAUUGAUAAAAAUCAUUCUUUUUCUAGCCGAUAUUGUGAGUGAUAUUGCUAUGACAUACAUUUACUGCAUCGAAAAUUACACUAAGGCUUUUAUUUUGUCUUUGAUAUUUACUAUAUUUCCAGCCUUAGUACAUAUUAUACCAAUAAUUUUAAUAGUGCUAAAAGAGAAGGAAGUAGCUGAAAAUAAAAGUAAUGAAAAGAAUGAAAAUGAUAGCGAUCAGAAGAAAAAACAUGAUGAAAAGAAAGAAGAUAUGACUGAAAAUAAAUGUGAUGAAAAGAAUGGAAAUGAUGAUGAUCAGAAGAAAGAGAAUGAUGAAAAGAAAGACGAUAAGGAUAACACACAAAGAAAAAAUGAAAAUUAUUAUAUUAAUAAAUUGAUUUUUCUUAGCUGCUUAUUUUUUUCACCAUUUAUCCAACUAUUUUUGUUGACUGGAAUUUUAGCCGUGGGGGCAAUGCACAAAAGAUCUGAAGAACUUGUAAGAAUGGCAUCUUUAUUAGGACUGAUUGAAACAACCUUUGAGUCUGCACCACAAAUCAUUGUACAAAUUUUUAUCAACAUAGAAAAUACAGACGAUGGGGAGACAAAAUCAAAAUACUUCAGAUAUAUUACCUUGGUUGGAUCAGUGCUGGGACUUGCAAAAUCAAUGUACAACUUUAAACAUGACGUUGAGAAAGGUGACAGAAGUAAGCUAACUUUACCAACGAAAAUUUUGUCUUUUCUUUCUCGCAUAGCAGAAAUUGGACCAAGAGUUAUAAUUUUAGCAUUGUUUGUUUCUGAGUUUAGAUUUUACUCCGUUAUUUUCUUUGCUGUCCAUAUUUUAAUUACUUUUGGAAUAGCUUUUGUUGCAGGCUAUAAUAAUGGAGUUUUAGAUGCAUUUGAAAGAGAACGUGAAAUUAUGCUUUUGUUGCUUGGUAGCUUUGCAAACACGUUUUUCUUUUGCAAGUAUAAGUUGUAUGAAAACGUGAAGGAAGAAAUGCAAUCAAGAAUUACAAUAAUGUUUUACAUGUUUUAUUACAUUGAAAAUGCAGUUUUGAUUACGCUUUGGUGUGCAGUAACUAGAGACAAAGAUGUUUGGUACUUUUAUGCAAGUAUUGCAGUAGCAAUAGGAGCGUUACCUCUACACAUUACAUUGUUUAAGGGUUACCUUUAUCUGAAAUUUCAUCAAAGGAGGUAUAGAACUAAAAAUGGUUAUACCACUGAAUCCGAUGGAAUCGAAAAUAAAUCUUAAGGCGAUAAUGCUUCGUGAUCUCUCCAAAUCUUACUCUGGUUUUGAUAAUUCCUCCCUUUAAAGAAAAAAAGUAGGUGUACUAUGGAUACUUUGCUCCUUGUCUAAAGAGCAAGGUAUGAUUUCAAUACAACUCUUGCCCAAUGAUUUUCUUAAAAAUGAAUCUUAAAUAAAAGAUAAGAAUUCAUGUUUUCUGAAUCAUUGAAAUUCCAUGCAGAAA